GGCAGAUGGUGGAGAUCUCAUAGGAAUGGAAGUGAACACUGGGUCUGAUAGAAAGUGAGAGAUGGAGGAGAAGAGAGAGGGAGGUGCUGGGUGGAGACUGAGAGGAGAGGGGAUGGGGGAGAGAGGAGGUACUCAGACCUCAGCAGGACAACGUUCAGUUUACUCCUGUAAGGCCGCUUCAUCUCUCAGUUUUGACAAGGUAGAGCGUUGUUUAAAUCGUUGUAUGGAUGUGUAAACUUCUCUGUGGUUUCCUGAAAGACUUCAAAACAAAAGUCCGCAAAAAGUGUUGAGAAAGAUCUUUUAAUCAGGAAGAGACGAGCAGUUCAGGAUGAUGGACAUCUGGUUGGAUUCACAGCAGUUGCAGCCAACCUAAACCUGACCAGCGGUCCAACAGCAGUGAGAAGACGAAGGUGCGUGCGCUGGUGACAAAAUAAGCUGCUCACACACAUCAGGACAAGACUGACUACGUUGGGAGUGUCGGUGCUCUGGUGAUGAUCUCUACACAUUGGUCCAACAUUUAAGACAACACCGUGUGAAGAUGCUGCCUGAGGAUGUGACCGAGAAGGAGGACAUGAGAAAAGAGGAAGACAUCUAAUUUAAAAAUUAUAUUGUCUAUUAUAUUUUUUAAUCUAUGGUUUAAGAACUAUGGGUUGCUCAUCUUUUUGUAGGUUUAUCUCCACGUGACAAAAGUAAAGUGCAGUCAAUUUUUUUAAAAAGACGAUUCACCAUGUUUAAACGGUGGCUUUUAACCCUGUUGGCCCGUGUUGGCCUUAUUGUGCUGGGCCUCUGCUGCUGUCUGUCUCUGUUUUACCUCCUGGCUUGUAAACCAACAUCUCACAACAGCCAGCAGUCUCUGGUGUGGUCUGGAGGGGCCACAAGUAAGGAAGGAUACAUGGCCUUGUUGCAGGAGAGGGAGGAUUCUCAUAGACAUUACAUCAACAGCCUGACAAAGCAGAUAGCCCAGCUAAAGGAGGCUCUCCAGGAGAGGACACAGCAGCUUCAGGAGUCCCUGGAUAAAGCUAAAACAAAGGGGAUUCUGCCUCAGGGUCUGGAGAGUCUGCACAAAACUCCAACACAGACAGACCUGAAGGAGUUCCUCCGCUCACAGCUGAACCAGGCGGAGGUGAACUCCGGGGUAAAGCUUCCCAGCGAAUAUGCAGUGAUUCCUUUUGACACUUUCACCCUGAGGAGAGUGUACCAGCUAGAGACGGGGCUGACCAGGCACCCAGAGGAGAGGCCUGCGAGGAGAGACCGCAGGGACGAGUUGAUAGGCACUGUGGAAACAGCUCUGCACAUCCUGAAUGGGCCUCACCAACACACAGACAACACAAGGAGAAAACAUACACACUCUCCAUCAGACUUCAUAGAGGGGAUGACUCGUAUAGAGCGGGACAGGGGAACCGUCUAUGAGCUGAUGUUUAAAGGGGACGGGCCGCGGGAUUUCACUCAGCUCGUUCUCUUCAGGCCUUUCGGUCCCGUGGUGAAAGUGAAGAGCGAGAGUCUAGACACACGCAACAUCCUCAUCAACAUCAUUGUACCUCUUUCCAAGAGGGCUGAUGCAUUCAGGCAGUUCAUCAGCAACUUCAGAGAAGUGUGCAUCAAGCAGGACGGCAGGGUUCAUCUCACGGUGGUCUACUUUGGUCGAGAUCAGAUAGACCAGGUGAAGGCCAUGAUGGACCAAACCACCAGAGAGACUCGGUUCAGAAGCUUCACUUUGAUCCAGUUAAAUGAGGAGUUUUCUCGUGGGCGUGGUUUAGAGGUGGGGGCCAGGGCAUGGAGACGGAGCCAGAAUGUCCUGCUCUUCUUCUGUGAUGUUGACAUCCACUUCACCGCUGACUUCUUAACUUCCUGUCGUCUUAAUGCAGAGCCUGGUAAGAAAGUGUACUAUCCAGUGCUCUUUAGCCAGUACAACCCAUCUAUCAUCUACCGUAAUGACACUCUUCUACCCCCUGUUCAACAACAACUGGUAAUGAGAAAGGAAACUGGAUUCUGGAGAGACUUUGGGUUUGGGAUGACGUGCCAGUAUAGGUCUGAUUUCAUCAACAUAGGUGGUUUUGAUCGUAGUAUCAAAGGUUGGGGGUUAGAGGACGUACACCUGUACAGGAAGUACCUACACAGCAAGCUGAUGGUGAUUCGCUCUCCAUCUCGCAGUCUUUUCCACUUGUGGCAUGAGAAAAAGUGCGCAGAUGAGCUUCCACCAGACAAGUACAAAAUGUGCAUGCAGACUAAAGCCAUGAGCGAAGCCUCACACGGCCAGCUGGGGGAGCUGUUUUUCAAACGAGAGAUUGAGCUUCAUUUGAACUCUCAGAAGCAGACAAACAAAGGAGCAUAAUGAGGACAACUGAGCUGGAGCUUUGUUGAUCACUGUUAUGUAUGUUCUUGUUCUGGUUUUCUUGGUAAUUUAUCUUUACUUAUAUCAACUAUUCAAACCAAAAGGUGGUUUACAGUGAUUAUUGUUUUCCAUGUGCACACAUAAACCUAUAAUGAUGAUAAUGACUGAUAUUUUUU